CUCACUCACAUACAGUACACAUACACAUCCUGCUACAUUUGUGGAUAACUGAUUUUGAUGGCAAUGUUUCUGACCUACUUUUUAAUAAUCACAUUUUGUACUACUGUAAUCUGGGUUCAAGCUGAUAAAGGAGAACUGCAAACGCUCCGUCAACAGAAAAGAGAAUGGUUAAUCCCUCCAAAGAGGCUGAUGGAGAAUGUGGAUUACACCAAAAAAGAAUUCAUUUUCAAAAUCCGAUCGAGUGAAGAGACCAGGGAUGAUAUUAUAUAUUCUCUAAUAGGGCCUGCAGUGGACGACGGAUUAUUCAGCAUCAGCCCAAAGACUGGCUACACCAGGAUCCAUGGCAUCUUGGACAGAGAGAAAAAAGAUAUUUAUGAAUUCAAAGGGAGAGCUACGCUACCAGAUGGACAACUCGUUGAAAAGGACAUCGAGCUGAGAAUCAUAGUUGAGGACCAGAAUGACAAUGCCCCUUAUUUUAAUACUUUGAUCACUGGUUCUGUUGAUGAGCUCAGUGACAAAGACACCUCUGUAAUUGCAAUCACAGCCUAUGAUGCAGACGAGCCAGGCACACUAAAUUCAAAAAUUGCAUACAGAAUUAUACAACAGGAACCAGCUGGAAAGCCAAUGUUCAAAAUCAAGCGAUCGUCUGGUGAAAUCAAAGUCAGAAUGAACACUCUGGACCGAGAGACACAAGAAACAUACAAACUGAUAAUCACAGGUACAGACAUGGGCGGACAUUUUAUUGAUUCCAGAAACAGACCACUGACAGGAACAGGGACUGUGACCAUCAACAUACUUGAUGUCAACGAUAACAUCCCCAUAUUAGAGAGGAACAACUAUGAGGGGAAUGUGGAGGAAAAUAUUGUGAAUGUAGAAGUGGUCCGAAUUAAGGCCACGGACAAGGAUAAGAUUUACACGGAAAACUGGGAGGCUGUGUACACCAUCAUUUCUGGAAAUGAGGCCGGUUACUUCAGCAUCAGCACAGACCCCAAAACUAACGAGGGCAUCCUAAUAGUCAAAAAGGAGCUGGACUAUGAGGAAUUGAAAGAGGUCAAUCUGGAAGUGGUGGUCAGAAACAAGGCAGCUUAUCACAAGUCAGUGGUGAUUGGCAAGCCCAAAGUGUACCCCAUUAAGAUUAAAGUGAUGAAUGUGCCAGAAGCCCCUCGUUUCCUCCCCAUUGUCAAAACUGUCUACACCUCUGAAGACCGCACCACCAUUGACCUGAAGAAGGUCAUCGCCACCUACCCAGCCACGGACAGUGAUACACUCUUAACCGCCAGUAAUGUCAGGUAUUCAAAAGGAAAAGAUGUUGACAGCUGGGUGAACAUUGACGAGAAAACAGCUGAGAUCAGGCUCAAUAAACUUCCUGACUACGAGUCCAAAUUUCUGAUCAAUGGGAUUUAUUACACCACAAUCUUAUGCAUCACCAAUAAUUUUCCACCCAGAACUGCGACAGGAACUCUUGCAAUUCAGGUGCAGGAUUUCAAAGAUCAGAAUUACAAUCGCCACCGACAACGCCAUGGACAGUGAUCCACAAUAACCCGCCACGAAUGUCAGCAGGAAGAAAGGCAGGAGAAAGAAGAAGCUGAGAAGUGUCACAGAAACAGAAGAAGGGUUCUGAGGAGGCUUUGUGAAGAUGACUAGCAGAAGCUUGCAGAGAUUAGGGAUCAACAGCAGUGACUCCUCAGGCUGACUAAGGAAAUUGAAGUUUUGGCUGCUUGACUGCAUUCUGUGAACUUUGUGUCUCAUACCGGUAGUGAAACUUCUAUAGAGUGGGGGAAAUGCCCCUGCAGUUUCAGCUGACUAGAUAGAAGAGUGUCUCACAUGUGUAAACAUACUAAGGGAUUAUGAGUAAAGAAAUAUAUAUAGCCUGCCUUGCACAAGGAGAAACAUAUUUAACUUGUCUAGCAGAAGAAGAUAUAUUAGCUUGUUUUUCAAAAGACAUUAUAUUUUAUCAUUAAAUGUUUCUGUUCCUUUUAUAGACACUUGUUGAUGUCAUAAGAAUGUUCUCUGGUUUAUGGGUUAAUUUUGGCUUGGCUAUUUAACUAUAAAAGAAAUACGGUAAAUCCCAGUAGGUUUUGGUUUGCCUCAGGGGUCAGGAUGGUUAGAACUCAAAUUCUUUGAAUCUGCAUUUUUAAAGCAUUAUAUUGAAGCCUUUUUGCUGACAGUUUACAG